CGGUACAGCGCCUCAGAGCUCUCAUGCUGCAUGUUUUAGCGGGGUCCUUUCCCUCACCGCCACCCCAGAAUGGUCAAUUGCUAGGUCGCGCUCGCCGGCAGAAAACUGAAUUUUUCCCCCGUCGAUAAGCCAGCCACACAUACCACCCACCAUCGACAGAUCCAGUACAGACCAAAUUUCCUGUCUAUCAUUGCAAACAUGGCGCCCGAACUGAGAAAAAGAUCAAAGUCGAAAGCGGCGGCCGAGAGCCCUGCAGUCAAGAGAACUGACAAGGCCGGGAAGCGCAAAGCCACUGAGGAAGCCUCACCUAUCGCGGUGAAGAAGCAGAAGGGCACCGAGGCUGUCGACAAGCCCAAGUCCAGGAGCAAAAAGCGCGCCGUCGAGGCUGCCGAAACUGAGCCGAUCCCCACACCCGUGAAAAAGAAAGAGAACAAGAAAGCCAAUAAGAAAUCAAAGACCGAAGACGUUGAGCCUAAGGAAGUUGAGGUCGAGGUUGAGGCGGAAGAGGAUGAGACUAUCCUGGUGCCGGCGGAAGACGGAUCCGACUCGGAAGAAGAAAUCGACGAGGACAUCCAGGCCCUAGCCGCAGGUCUGGACCCUGACGAUGCCGAAGACGGUCGUGUGGUCGAUGGUCCCUCUUACGAGCCCGGUCAGGAAGACGGCAAGAUUCCCAAACUGUCGAAGAAGGACAAGAAAGCGCUAGCCGCAAAGAAGGGCACGAAAGAGGAGCCGGGCGUCAUCUAUGUCGGCCGCAUACCUCAUGGUUUCUACGAGCAUGCUCUCAGGUCGUACUUCAGCCAGUUUGGCCCCGUAACGAGGCUCAGGAUGGCGCGGAACAAGCGCACUGGAGCGUCCAAGCACUUCGCCUUCAUCGAGUUCGCGGACGAGUCUACCAGCGUCAUCGCGGCCAAGACCAUGGAUGGGUAUCUACUGUAUAACCACAUCCUCAAGGUCAAGACGGUGCCCCGCGACCAGCUGCACGAGGAUGUGUGGAAAGGGGCGAACCGGAGAUUCAAGAAGACCCCAUGGAGCAAGAUCGAGGGCAAGAAGCUCGCCCGCCCAUUGACGGAGGCGGGGUGGGAAAACAGGAUCUCCAGGGAACAGAAAAAGCGGGCGAAGCGCGCCGAGAAGCUCAAGGACCUGGGCUACGAGUUUGAGGUACCACAGCUUAAGGCGCCGCCGGCGCCGGUGGAGGCGUCAGAGCAAAAGACGGCCGAAAAGCCCAAGGCGAUCGAGGAGGCCCCGUCUGCUGAGGCCAAGGGCACCGCGGAGGAGGAUAAGGAAGUAAAGGCUCCGGCGGCUGAGCCCAAAGCUCAGAAGGAGAAGAAAGAGAAGAAAGAAAAGGCGAAGAAGGGAAAGAAGGUCAAGGCUUGAUGGACGCCGUAAUUGUAGGCCGUGUCAAGGCAUGGAGUUCGGAAUCGGGACAUGUUUUCUUCUGGACCUUUUAUGUUCUUCUUUUCUCAUUUUACACGUCUCUUUUUUCGUUUUCACUUUCAUGAGGACCUGGGAAAUUCUGUACGCUCAUAGCGAACCCGAUGCACCCGUCAAUAUGCAGGCAAGCAUCAGGAUUAUAAAGGGCGGCUGUUGUUCUACUUCAGCCUCCAUUGCGAAAAAGACGACGGGAUGAAUCUUGUUCAAUUGCAAAGUCGGCGAAGAUGUAUAUGUAUGAAGAAGGAAAAGAGGGAAUAAGAAAUGCGUUCUGUUGAGGGGAUGGGAUGACUUUGAAAUUCGCAGCCGACAUCACGUGCUCUGAAUGGCCCGUGCAUACUAGCAGCAGGU